AUGCAUGCCACUGAUUCCAGGGGACAGCCCCCUGCUUUCCUGCAACCUCAGAACGGAAACGGCCAUCGCUCGUCUGGCUAUGUUCCCGGGAAGGUUGUGCCGCUGCGUCCCCCUCCUCCUCCAAAGAGCCAAGCUUCAGCCAAAUUGACCUCUGUCAGACAGGAAGCCCGGGCCACCUUCGCUUUCUCACCUGAAGAGCAGCAGGCCCAGAGAGAGAGCCGAAAGCAGAAGAGGCACAAAAAUACUUUCAUUUGCUUCGCCAUCACUAGUUUCUCAUUUUUCGUUGCACUCGCGGUCAUUUUAGGCAUAUCCUCAAAAUACGCCCCAGAUGAGAAUUGCCCAGAUCAAAACCCACGUCUCAGGAACUGGGAUCCAGGACAAGAUUCUGCCAAGCAAGUUGUAAUCAAGGAGGGAGAUAUGUUCCGUCUGACGUCAGAUGCCACGGUGAAUUCUGUAGUCAUUCAGGAUGGAGGAUUGCUUGUGUUUGGGGAUGAUAAAGAUGGAUCCAGAAAUAUUACUUUGAGGACUCGUUACAUCCUGAUCAAGGAUGGUGGGGCGCUUCAUAUUGGAGCAGAAAAAUGCCGCUAUAAAUCCAAGGCGACAAUUGCCUUGUAUGGCAAGUCAGAUGAAGGUGAAAGUAUGCCAACAUUUGGCAAAAAAUUUAUUGGUGUGGAAGCUGGCGGGACACUGGAGAUCCACGGGGCGCAGACAGUAUCAUGGACGUUGUUGGCGAGAACUCUGCAUUCCUCGGGCUUGACCUUUGGGUCGUAUGCCUUUGAAAAGGACUUUUCUAGAGGCCUCAAUGUGAGGAUCAUCGACCAAGACACGGCCAAAAUUUUGGAAAGUGAGAAGUUUGAUACCCACGAAUACCACAAUGAGAGUAGACGGCUUCAGGAACUUCUGAGAAUCCAGGAUCCAGGCCGGAUUGUUGCUAUCGCCGUUGGAGAUUCGGCAGCCAAGAGCCUCUUACAAGGAACCAUACAAAUGAUCCAGGACCGGCUGGGAAGUAAGCUCAUCCAGGGACUGGGCUACAGGCAAGCAUGGGCUUUGGUUGGUGUCAUUGAUGGUGGAAGUGCUUCUUGCAAUGAAUCUGUGAGGAACUAUGAAAAUCACAGCAGUGGAGGGAAGGCUCUUGCCCAAAGAGAAUUUUAUACUGUGGAUGGUCAGAAGUUCACUGUGACGGCUUACAGUGAAUGGAUUGAAGGUGUUUCUCUUUCAGGUUUCCGGGUGGAGGUUGUGGAUGGAGUGAAGCUUCAUCUGCUGGAUGAUGUUAGUAGCUGGAAACCUGGAGACCAGAUUGUGGUUGCAAGCACAGACUAUUCUAUGUACCAAGCAGAGGAGUUCACUCUUCUCCCCUGUCCAGAGUGCAGCCGUUUCCAGGUCAAAGUCAAAGAAGCCCCUCAGUUCCUGCACAUGGGUGAGAUCACUGAUGGUGUAGACAUGAGAGCAGAGGUCGGAAUUCUCACCCGGAAUGUUGUGAUCCGAGGAGAAAUGGAACACUCAUGCUACGCUGGAAACCAGUGCCAGUUCUUUGAUUAUGACACCUUUGGGGGACAUGUCAUGAUAAGGAAAAAUUUUACUUCAGUGCAUCUGUCCUAUGUGGAGCUGAAACACAUGGGUCAGCAGCAUCUGGGGCGGUAUCCUGUUCAUUUUCACCUGUGUGGGGACGUGGAUCACAAGGGAGGGUACAGACACGCGACAUUUGUGGAUGGCUUGUCUAUUCAUCACAGCUUCUCAAGGUGCAUCACUGUGCACGGAACAAAUGGCCUGCUGAUAAAAGACACAAUUGGAUUUGACACACUGGGCCAUUGUUUCUUUUUGGAAGAUGGUAUUGAACAGAGAAAUACUUUGUUCCACAAUCUGGGACUCCUCACCAAACCCGGCACCCUCCUCCCCACUGAUAGGAAUAAUUCCAUGUGCACUGCCAUGCGAGAAAAAGUGUUUGGAAAUUAUGUCCCUGUGCCCGCCACGGACUGCAUGGCUGUUUCGACUUUCUGGAUUGCUCAUCCCAACAAUAACCUGAUUAGUAAUGCGGCUGCAGGCUCACAGGAUGCUGGAAUAUGGUAUUUAUUCCACAAGGAACCUACUGGAGAAUCCAGUGGAUUGCAGCUCUUAGCAAAACCAGAACUCACUCCGUUGGGUAUAUUUUAUAACAACAGGGUCCAUUCAAGUUUCAAGGCUGGCUUAUUUAUUGACAAAGGUGUCAAAACAACCAAUGCUAGUGCGGCAGACCCAAGAGAAUACCUCUGUUUGGAUAACAGCGCAAGGUUUAGGCCUCAUCAGGAUGCGGACCCUGAAAAGCCACGUGUUGCUGCUUUAAUUGACAGGCUCAUUUCUUUUAAAAAUAAUGACAAUGGAGCUUGGGUCAGAGGGGGAGACAUUGUCGUUCAGAAUUCAGCAUUUGCAGAUAAUGGAAUAGGACUGACCUUUGCCAGUGAUGGAAGCUUCCCCAGUGAUGAAGGUUCCAGCCAGGAGGUAUCCGAAUCUCUCUUUGUUGGGGAGAGCAGGAAUUAUGGCUUUCAGGGUGGUCAGAACAAAUAUGUAGGCACUGGAGGAAUAGACCAGAAGCCUCGGACCCUACCUAGGAACAGGACGUUCCCAAUUAGAGGCUUUCAGAUUUACGACGGGCCCAUUCAUCUAACCAGGUGCACUUUCAAAAAAUAUGUGCCAACUCCAGAUAGGUACACCAGUGCUAUCGGCUUCCUUGUGAAGAAUCCCUGGCAGAUAACUCCCAGGAAUAACAUCUCGCUCGUGAAGUUUGGUCCACACGUCUCUCUGAAUGUCUUCUUUGGGAAGCCUGGGCCCUGGUUUGAAGAUUGUGAGCUGGAUGGUGAUAAGAACUCCAUAUUCCACGACAUCGACGGCUCUGUGACAGGAUACAAGGAUGCGUAUGUGGGAAGAAUCGACAAUUACCUGAUCCGCCACCCAAGCUGCGUGAAUAUUACCAAAUGGAAUGCAGUGGUCUGCAGCGGGAACUAUGCCCAGGUUUAUGUCCAGACAUGGAGCACUCAGAAUCUGACGAUGACCAUCGCACGAGAUGAGUAUCCCUCCUAUCCGAUGGUGCUCCGAGGCAUUAACCAGAAGGCCACCUUCCCACAGUACCAGCCUGUGAUCAUGCUGGAGAAGGGCUAUACCAUCCACUGGAAUGGGCCUGCCCCACGGACUGCUUUUCUAUACCUCAUAAACUUCAACAGGAAUGACUGGAUUCGAGUUGGCCUCUGCUAUCCAUCAAACACAAGUUUUCAGGUUACCUUUGGCUUUUUACAGCGCCAUAAUGGCUCAUUAUCCAAAAUGGAAGAGUAUGAGCCUGUGCAUUCACUGGAGGAAUUGCAGAGAAAGCAGUCAGAGAGGAAAUUCUAUUUUGACUCCAGCGCGGGGUUACUAUUUUUGUAUCUCAAAGCCAAAAGCCACAGGGAUGGCCACAGUUACUGUUCAUCUCAGGGAUGCGAAAGAGUCAAGAUCCAGGCAGCAACGGACUCAAAAGACAUCAGUAACUGCAUGGCCAAAGCUUAUCCUCAGUAUUACAGGAAGCCAUCAGCACUCAAGCGCAUGCCAUCCAUGCUCACCGGGCUUUGUCAAGGCUGCGGGACCCGCCAGGUGGUGUUUACUAGUGAUCCUCAUAAAAGCUACCUCCCCGUGCAAUUCCAGUCACCCAGUAAAGCAGAGACUCAGCGUGGAGACCUGUCUGUGAUCUCCGUCAACGGCACCGACUUUACCAUCCAAAAUCCGGGUGUUCUCCUCCUCGUUGUGGAUGCCUGCAGCGUUCCUUUCCGCUUAAUGGCAAAGAAGCUUUACUCUCUUGCUGAUAUCAGUCGCUUGGAAGAGUAUUUGAGAACAGGCAUCCCUCCAAGGUCAAUUGUUUUGUUGAGCACAAGAGGAGAAAUAAAGCAUUUGAAUAUUUCAGAAUCGUUAGUACCUCUGGGAUUAGCCAAACCAGCUCAUCUUUAUAACAAAGGGAGUACCAUAUUUUUGGGAUUCAGCGGAAACUUUAAACCAUCAUGGGCUAAGCUAUUCACCAGUCCUGCUGGCCAGGGCCUUGGGCUGCUUGAACAAUUCAUACCUUUGCAGCUGGAUGAAUAUGGUUGUCACAGAACCAGCGCUGUCCGCAGAAGAGACCUGGAACUGUUGAUGCAGACUUCAAAAGCACAUUAG